CUGAAUAUGAUGUUGAUCAGUUGUCAUUGCUGCGCUGGCGGGAGUCUUCCUCUGGCUCUCGUACAGGUGUCUGCGAGAGUCGACCACUAUCUAUGACCGAUUUUGGAGACAGCUUGAUUGAGUGUGAACAAGCUGAGCAAGACUUCAUGAGCCUGUCAAUGGAGCUUAUGGAAACCAAAGAGGUUAUGGAGAAGGUAUGCCUCACACCAGGGUCAAGAAAUGAACAAAUGAAUCCAUCUACUCAGCCUGCACCUGAGCCUUCUUCUGUUUCUCUUACUGCAUCGGAAUUAUCUACACAGCCCCCAGAAGAGGCUUCAAGACACAUGGAUGAAGUUACACAUCGACUGUAUAAAGUCCUCUAUGGAUAUGAUGUUAAACUGGUAGAUUCUGAUCAUGAGGAUGCUUCUGUCAUGUGCAUUAAUGCUUCCCCUCAAGAAGCUGUUCAAAGUGAGGAUAGGAAAGAUGAAGUUGCAGGAGCAAAGAAUGAUGAAGAUGUUUCAAACUCUGAGCAUAAGAUUAAUGUUUACCAGGGGACAGCUUCCUGUGACCUUGUUAUCAGAUCCAAGGAUGGCAUAAUUCAAACCCAAGAUUCAGCCAAACCAAAAUCUUUGACCUCUGGCUUUAUUCAGUUGACCCAUGACUCAUUGCAACCUGAAACUGAACCAAUCAGAUGUAGACCCUCUUCACAAAAAUUAACAUCUGAAACCAGUGGCCAAUGUCAUAGUUUAGUUCUUCAAAGAUCAUCUUCACUUGAAUUAUUACCUGAUACAUCAAUAUUACUGACAGAGAGUAGGUCCUCGUCACCGGAAUCAGAGGUGUCAGUAAAUGAGCUAAAUUUUCUUGCUCCUGAUUCCCCAAUACCUCAGUCUAGACCAUUGUCUCCCCUCCCACCCACUGUUCUUCCAUGGGAAACAAGUGAUGAUAUGGAAUCUGCUCAGGGGCAACCUUUGCUGGGUGCAUCAAGAGACAUUUCUGUGCUCCGGACAUCAGAAGCAGAGGAAAGGCCAUUAACGCCAAUGGUUCCAAACAAAAGGCCAUUUGGAAGGCCAUUACCACUAGUCAGUGAUUACAGCAGUGAGAGAUCCAUCUCACCUCAGUCUUUAACAUUUGACAUAGAGGACAGAACUUCAUCCCCUGAGUCUAUAAUUGCAGAAAGUCAGCAGUGGCCUUGUACAUCAUCUGAGAAUGUGACUGUAUCUCCUGAUUUCCAUGACAUGAGAUCAUCAUCCCCUGAAUCCUUAGGAUCAAUCACUGCACACUGUCAGCUUCCACCAGACUCUCCCAUACCAGAAUUUGGUCAUGCUGUCUGUGAAUCUUUUACAUUUGGUGAAUGUAGAUCAUCCUCACCUGAAUCAGCAUCAUCCAAUAUGGACAUUGAACAGAGCAUUUUGUUAUCAUUGCCUUUUGUGAACAGGUGCUCAUCCCCAGAGUCUUGUGCAUCUGUAAAUGAAUAUAAGGCGUUGUCACCUGAUUCACCUGUACCUGAGUUCCCUUAUAAUUGGCCUGACACUGUUGUUUUCAUGAGAGGGGAGAGAUCCAGUUCAGCUGAAUCACUAUGCUCAGAUGUGGAAUAUGGCUCGAUGUCUCCAGGAUCAUUUAAUCAUGAGAUAAGAGCUACAUCACCUGCUUCCGUUGCAUCUCGAGAUGAAUUUGUCACUGGACAUAGAGUACCUUCCCCUGACUCAACUGAAUCCUCACAAAUAGUAUAUGAUUCCAUAUCUGCUGGUCGUAGACCAACAUCACCUGAACCUGUAGUCUUUGAUAUUAAACCCAAACCACAAACCCCAGUGGAAUUAGUAUUAGAGUCUGAUGAUGACUGGGUUAUUAUAGGUUUGUCUGAUAUUGAUGAAAUUCCUCAUUCUCCAGAGCUAGUUUCUGAUGACAGACCAAUUUCUCCAGUGACAAGGGUGUUAAGAAUGUCUUUACCUGAAACCGAGACUGUAAAACAACUGAUAUUGUCAGAUAAAGAGCAUCAGCCUGUACAAUUACAGUCGCAUUUUGAGGAACAGUCAUUAUCUCCUAAUUAUAGUGAUUCCACAACUUCUUAUGGGCUGUUAUCAAAUCCUGUGAUUGACCUACCUCCUGAAGAGGAUAUGGCACUUGAGCCAGCAGAUGCUACAAUUAAUUUAGAAGACAAUAAAGCAAAAUCAAAUGUAAUUGUUGAUACAGAGAACAAAGGCUGCGUUCUGUCAAAAGCUUUAGAUGAAAGUCUCAGGAAAAAUAGUGAAACAGUAGCUACCAACAUAGAAACAGUGGUCCUGGGUGUUGGAGAGUUUGAACAAUGUCAAUCACAUGAGUCUGACAUAGAAAAAUCAAAGGAGGAAAUGCACAACCCAUUGACUGAGGAAACAAACACUGCUCCAGAGGGAACAUCUUCUUGUGAACUUGUGCAGAAUGUCACAAAAUAUCAAAAUGAAUCAGCUAAGUUUAUAGCUGAAACACAUGAAGCAAUGCCAGCACAUGAUCAAACAUUAACAGACACUGUAUCUGAUGAUUUACUGUCGUCACUGACAUUUCCUAAAAAUGUACCUGAAGAUCAGCAAAAACCCAGUUUAGCAUAUGAUGCCAAAUUUAGGACGCUUAUCUCUCCUAUCUGUGACCCGCAGUAUGUAGGAAAAACCUUCAUAAGUAAGACAGAUGCAUUUCAUCUUGAAACAAUAACAGAGUCUUACCAAACACAUUUAGAUGAGGCAGAUGCAGAAGAAACUAUGAUUUUGCAAUUAGAAAAUGAUCAAAGACCACUUUCGCCUGAUUCUGAAGCAGAAUAUAGACCCAUGUCACCAGAAUCACUGAGCCUGCUGGAAUCAUACAGACCAGGCUCCUCCCACUCGGGGAGAUCUGUAGAUAGCCAGCGAGCUUUAUCACCAGAUUCCCCUAUUCCUCAGUACUUACACUCUCUCGAUUGCCCAUCUCAAAUUUAUCACAGAUCAGUGUCCACAGAGUCUGCAUUGUCUGAUGUGGAGCUGGAGACAGGUUUAGAUAUUUCUUUUCCUUUUGAAGACAGAUCAGUAUCUCCUGAUUCAGCGCCAUUUAUGAACAUAUACAGGGCACUAUCACCUGACUCACCUAUUCCUGAUUUUAGACCGUCUUUGUCAGAAUCAGUUCUUUAUGCAAGAUUGGAUCACUGUUCAUCAAUUGAAUCUGUAGCCUCAGAUGUUGAAUAUGGGUUUGUCAGCAAGCCAUUAUUAUUCACUGAAAACAGACUCUCCUCCCCAAAUUCUGAUGACGUAAACAGGCCACCUUCCCCUGAGUCACCCAUUCCUGUUCUUAAAGAGACUUUGUCAGAAGUUCCUGUUUCAAAAACACUGGAAGGGUCCUUGUCACUGGUUUCUGUUUGUUCCGAUCUAGAACAUGGAACUAUCUCUCAAUCACAACAAUGCUCUGAAGCAAGACCAUCAAUACAUGAUUCAGUAGUUCCUGGAGAUGACUGCAUCGGGGGUUUGACAAUUCCCAACAUCAAAACAGAGCCUACUGAUUUGGUCAUUGUCGAUACUUCAACAUCUCCCAAGUCAGUGACUCCAGAUGUUGAAUGUGUACAGUCAUGUGAAGUUAUAGUUACCUCCAAGGAGAGAUCUGACUUAGAAUCACACAUUAAAGAGACCACUGAGAGAGGCCAGGGUGGCACUGGUCACAAUCUAAAGGCAAUUCAGGUACCAGUCUAUAGGCUUGUUUAUAGUGCUGAACCUUGGAAGUUAGUUUCUCAAAUAUGUGAUCCUCAAUAUGUUGGAGAAACAUAUUGCAAUAAAACAGCAAUUUUUGAGUAUGCAGGAACUAGAACGGAGUAUGUUCUAGAGGAUUUUGGUGUAAAAGAAGAAAAGUCAGAUGAUGGUAUGAAGUUGGAUAUUGCGGCACAGUCUGAUCUAGGUGUUAUACAAGUAGCACAAAUGAAGAUUGAGAGACAAGAGGACCAUGUGUUAGAUGAUUCUGGUGUGACAGGAGAGUCAAAUAAUGGUGUAAAGUUGGACAUAACAGAAUCAUCUGAGACAGAUGUUGUAGAGGCAUUAAAAGUAAAGACUACGGGGGAAGAGAGACCAGGCGGGCAUGUUCAAAGAGAGUCAGAUGAUGGUAAGAAUGUAGACAUCGCAGGACAGUCUGAUACAGGUGUUAUACAAGUAUUACAAGCAAAGAUUUGGAAAGAAGAAACACUGAGAGAAAAUGUUCUAGAGGAUUCUGGUGUGAAAGAAAGCGAGAAAGGUGAUGGUGUGAAGUUGGACAUUGAUGGGCAACCUGAUGAAGAUGUUCUACAAGCAGUUCAAGCAAAGAUUGAGGGAGAAGAGAGACCAUUGUCACCUGAUUCUGAUUCUGAAUACAGACCUUUAUCAGCAAGGGAAUUAACAUUAAUAAGUACACUAAUGUCUGAUUCUCCUGAAUCUUUGAAAGACUCGCCCCCAGAUUCACCAAUUGCCCAAUUUUCUGUUGGCAUUUGUCACAUUUCACAAUAUUUGCCACAUUCACCAGAAUCACCCUUGUCAGAUGAGGAAUCAGAACUUUACAUCCCUAUGUCUUUUAAUGAAACUCGACCUUUGUCACGUGGUUCUUCAAUAUCUUCUGAAGAAAACAGGGUGCUUUCUAUUGACUCACCUUUACCAGACUUCACACCAUCAGUGCCUGAAUCCAUUGCAGCUUCCAUUGGGUACAGAUUGUCGUCACCAGAAUCAUUGCAUUCAGACAUUGAAUAUCAGGUUUCUAUUUCAGACAAAUUUAUAGACCACAGAGCAGAUUCACCUGAAUCAGUGUCUAUAAUGCUUGAAGAAAAGCAAUCCAUUACGAGUUCAACAUUUAGAGAAAACCAGCUUAUACGUCAGCUGUAUGACCCUCAUUAUAUAAAGGAUGCUAACGUAAGUACAACUGUAGUGUUUAAAUAUGUGGAUGUCGGUAAAGAACAUGGUCUCCUUGAUUCAGACGAGGAGAGAGGUGGACCAAUCUCACCUAACUCUGUUCAGAAGUCCAUUCCUCAGGACACAGAGUCCUUGGAGGACAUAUUUAGACCUUGUAAACCAGGUUCCCCAGAGUUUGAGGAUUCAUCAAAUUCAUUACAUGCUAAGUCCAGCUACCAAGAAGGACAAUGUGAUCCUGAUUCAAUGACAUCAGAAAUUGAGCUUAGGCCAUUUUUACAAGAAAGGAUGAUGGAAUAUAGGUCCGUGUCACCUCAAUCUGUUGAGUUGACAACAGAAAUAAGAACUGCAUCCACUGAUUCAACAUUAGUUAAUAAAAUCAGGACCUUAUCACCAGAUUCUCAUGUACCACAAUUCAGCCAGUGUAUAGAAUCAGUUGUGUUAGUUGCGGGCAGCAGGUCAUCAACCCCUUUAUCCAUAAUGUCAGACACUGGAAUGGAUAAUCUAGACAUGUCAUUUGUGGAGGCACAACGGGAAUCCUUCAGUUCAGAUUCUGAAAAUGAGCUUAAGGCUCUUUCACCCGAUUCACCCAUACCUGACUUUGAGCAGACCGUACCUCAGCCAACUGUUUUAACUGCUGAAUCCCCUGGGUCAGUUUGUCACUCAGAUAUAGAGUAUGAAGAUGAAUUGUUUCCAUCAGUAUCCAAUGAGCAUCGACCUCCAUCACCUGAUUCAGUGGCAUCGAGAAAUGAAAACUCGGCCCUGUCACCAGAUUCCCCCAUUCCCCAAUUUAGCACAACAGUAGUUGAACGGUUUCCAUCAUUUAUUGAAUUUAGCUCUGCAUCCCCUGAAUCAACUACAUCAGAUGUUGAGUAUGCACCUUUUAUUAAUUCUCCAUCUGAUACAGAACAAAGACCAGAUUCCUCUGAGUAUUUGGAAGCUGAAGUUCAAAAGAGACCUCUGUCACCUGACUCUGAAUCAGAAUAUAGGCCUUUCUCACCUACGUCGCUAAUUUUAACCUCAAAUUUAAGAUCAUCCUCUCCUGAAUCCAGGAGUUCUCUAAAUGAAUUUAGACCUCUUUCACCAGAUUCCCCCAUUCCAGAAUUUAAACCAAAUCUACAGGAGUCAAAAAUAGAAUAUAGGUCCUUUUCACCUGAGUCAGUGUUGUCAGAGUUUGAUGUAGAAUUGGAAUUACCCUUUUCACUGGUAUUUGAUGAGCGGCCUUCAUCCCCAGAGUCUUUAGCAUCGGUGAGUAAAUUCAGACGACUUUCAGCUGAUUCUCCCAUUCUUGACUUUAAACCCACUAUUCCACAUGUUGAUGUCAGUGGUUACAGGUCAGCAUCGCCUGAAUCAUUGGCAUCAGAUGUGGAAUUUGCCCCUCUGGUGUUGCAGUUUUUUGAAGCUGAGGAGAGACCAAAUUCUCCUCAGUCAGUCUUGUCUUCCUCUGAAUAUCAGCGGUUGUCACCAGACUCUCCAAUACCCCAUUACACCCAUACUGAGCCUCCUCUGUAUGCAGUAAUGUGUAGAUCUACAUCCCCUGAGUCAGUUUAUUCAGACAAUGAGUUAGAGACUGAGUCAUGUCUUCCCGGUCCUUUAGACUACAGAGCAGCUUCUCCUGAUUCAAAUACCUCUCAAGAUGAAUUCAGACCACUUUCACCAGACUCACCCAUUCCUGUAUUUGCAAAAUCUCUGCAAGAAUCCUUCACAUCACACUUGGACUCAGAGUGCUCCUCACCGGAAUCAGUGUUGUCAGAAGUGGAAAUUCAAUUACCUUUCCCAAUGGAUUUAGAAGACCGAACUUCUUCUCCUGAGUCCUUUACAUCUCUGAGUAAAAACAGAAGACUUUCUCCUGAUUCCCCUUUACCUGACUUUAGGUCUUUUUCAGAGAUCUCUUGUGAGUUUAAAGGUUAUAGGUCAUCAUCACCUGAAUCAGAGGCAUCAGAAAAGGAGUCUAAAUCUGAGAUUUUUCAAAUGUGUAAUUUUGAGGACAGGGCAGAAUCGCCUCAGUCAGACGUGUUUGAUGUUGAUCCUAGGUUUUUGCCUCAUGACUCUCCACUACCCCAGUACACACCAAGUGCCUCUCGUAAUCUCUCAAGAUUAAGGUACAGAUCCACAUCACCAGAAUCAGUAUAUUCAGAUUGGGAUGAAGACACAGAUUGGUAUUGCCCUGGGGAUUUUGAGCAAAGAGCAGCAUCUCCCGGCUCAACUGCAUCUAAUGAUGGAUUUAGAUGUCUUUCGCCAGACUCACCAAUUCCUGUGUUUGCACAAUCUCUACAAGAAUCCUUCACAUCACACUUGGACUCAAGGUGCUCCUCACCUGAGUCAGUGUUGUCAGACUUGGAAAUGGAAUUAUCUUUCCCAAUGGUAGUAGAGGAGCGACCUUCUUCUCCUGAGUCCUUAGCAUCUCUGAGCAAAAACAGAAGACUCUCUGCUGAUUCUCCUUUACCUGACUUUAGACAAGCUUUUACAGAGACUUAUUGUGAGUAUAAAGGUUAUAGGUCACCAUUACCUGAAUCAGAGGCUUCAGAAGAUGAAUAUACAUUAGAGACUUCACCAGUGUUUAAUGUGGAGGACAGAGCAGAAUCGCCACUGUCAGAAGUGUUUGAUGGAGAUCUAAAAUAUUGUCUUUGUGACUCUCCGCUACCUCAGUACAGUGUUAGUGCACCUGUUAUAUCAAGAGGAAGGUGCAGAUCCAUAUCGCCGGAAUCUGUACAUUCAGAUUGGGAUGAAGAAAAUAAUUUCUAUUUUCUGGGGGAUUUUGAGCAAAGAGCUACAUCUCCUGGUUCAACCGCAUCCAAUGAUAGAUUAAGACCUCUUUCACCAGACUCACCCAUUCCUGAAUUUGCACAGUCAUUACAAGAAUCCUUCACAUCACACUUGGACUCAAGGUGCUCCUCAUCUGAAUCAGUGUUAUCAGACUUGGAAAUGGAAUUAUCUUUGCCACUGGAAAUAGAGGAGCGACCUUCUUCUCCUGAGUCCUUAGCAUCUCUGAGUAAAAACAGAAGACUCUCUGCUGAUUCUCCUUUAGCUGACUUUAGACAAGCUUUUACAGAGACUUAUUGCGAGUUUAAAGGUUAUGAGUCGCCAUCAUCUGAAUCAGAGGCUUCAGAAGAUGAAUAUACAUUAGAGAUUUCACAGAUGUUUAAUUCUGAUGAUAGAGCAGAGUCUCCUCAGUCAGAAAUAUUUGAUGUUAAUCAUACAUAUUUGCCUCUCGACUCUCCUCUCCCCCAGUACAGAAUAAAUCUACCUGUCAUAUUAAGGGUAAGGUACAGAUCCACAUCACCAGAAUCGAUAGUUUCAGAUUGGGAUGAAGAGACAGAUCUGUAUUUCCCCUGGGAUUUUGUUCAAAGAGCAGCAUCUCCUUGUUCAACUGCAUCCGUUGACGGAUUUAGACCUCUUUCUCCAGACUCACCAAUACCUGACUUUACAAAGACACUACAUGAAUCCUCUGUUUACCACAUGGGCUUGAGGUCCACUUCUCCAGAGUCAGUCUCCUCAGAUUUAGACAUGGAAUGGAAUCUCCCAAUAUUCUUGGAGAGUAGACCUUCAUCUCCUGAAUCUUUGUCAUCACUCAGACUUUCACCUGAUUCGCCUAUAACUGAGUUUAUGCCUUCGAUAUUGAAAUUACCUCCAUUUUUUGGAUGUAGAUCAACAUCACCUGAGUCAGCAUGUUCAGAUGAAGAAUACAUUGUUUUUAGUGUAAGAUCACCAGUUCAUGAAAUUAGACCCUCUUCACCUGAUUCUGUAGAUGAAUAUCGGGCUCUGUCCCCAGACUCACCCAUACCUGAAUUCAGGCCAGCCAUACGUGAACAUGUAAUUGUCAAUGUCGGGUACAGAUCAACUUCCCCUGAAUCCGUUGAAUCUGAUUUUGAGUAUGGUUUGAAUGAGUUUUUGAUUUCUAGGAAUUAUUGUGUUGGAAAUAGACAAGAUUCUGCAGAAUCAGAAAGCUUAGAACAUGUAAGGCCACUAUCAGUUGAAUCCACAAAUGAACACCAGCGCCUGUCUCCGGAUUCACCUCUCCCUUCUUUUACACAAGAUGUUCUUGAGAUUUCAUCAGCAGAGAGGCACAUUGGGAGUUUGUCUGCAAUAUUGUCAGAUUCUGAAUGUGAUGUGUCAGAUGAUGCUUCAUUUGGCAUCGAUGUCACUGACGUGAGAUCAGUAUCACCUCAGUCUGAUAGAUCAAAUGAUGAAUUUGAACACCUGCCCCCUGAUUCGCCAGUGCAAGAUUUUUCAAAGACAAUAGUAGAAAAAUUCAUGACUUGGAGAGACACACCAACCAGUGAAAUUUCAGAUUCAGAUGAUUUGUCACAAACUUUAGACCUCUUUUGUGCAGAAGACAGGUCUGCAUCACCAGAAUCUGUUGCAUCAGAUAAGGGAGAAUUCCUAUUGACACGUCAAUCACCGCUAACAGAAUUAAAAGUUCUAACUGCCUCUGAUGGAGGUUUAUCCCCUGUAGUAGUUCCUACCAUUCCUGAGGAGUCGGCCAUUGUGGUUGCUGAGUAUAAUCUCAUUUAUGAUGUUGAGUUACAGAAGCUUAUUUCUCAAGUACACGAUCCUCAGUAUGCUGGAGAAACAUUCAGCAGUAAAACAGGGUUUUUGCAAUUUAUUGGCAACAAAAUAGAAUAUGAAAGUGACGUUUCAGGUGAUGAGCAAGAAAUUGCAAAAGAUCAAAAUGCCACAGGACAACCUAUAGAAGUGACAGAUCAACUGACUACAACAGAAACAGCAUCAACAGGUGAUGAAGCUUUUAGUGCAAACGCUAGACCUGACAUGCCUGUUUUGGAACCACCUCCCCCAAGAAUUGAUGACAGUUUGUCUUUUAGAGCAGCACCAUACAAGGAUACCAAGUACACAUUUGAAAUACCAGAAACACUACAUUCUGAUACAGAGGAAGAUGAUCUACGUUAUUCACCAGAAUCUCUGAUAGACUUCAGACCCAUGUCCCCGAAUUCAGCAAUGGUGGUAGAAUCAAGAGCAUCAUCACCCGAAUCCGUAGCGUCAGUUAAUGAGUUUAGACGACUCUCACCAGAUUCGCCCUUACCUGAAUUUACCGCAACAUUGCCUGAAUGCGUAACAUUCCUGAGAUCAGCAUCAACCUCACCUGACACUUUAGCAUCCGAUAUAGAAUAUAUGUCACUUGAAUCAACCAUGCACAUGGCUGAUGGAAGAGCAUCAUCUCCAGAAUCUAUGCCAGAGUUCAAGGGGAACAUGUCUCUCCCUCCAGACUCUCCCAUCCCUCAGUUUGCAGUGUUAGUCCAGGGGUUCACCACAGCACGUAGGUCAUCAUCACUUGAGUCACUGUGUUCAGACUCAUCACUUUGGGAGUUUACAGUCACAUCCUCAAGAGCUGCUGAGACCGAUAGACCAUCCUCACCUGAAUCCAUUUCAUCUGUCAAUGAGUUCAGACGACUAUUGCCUGACUCACCCGUGCCUGUGUUUAUGAGGAUAUUGUCAUCUUAUUUCAUGGAUCCUACCCCCCUUGAAAGAUCAUCUUCACCCAUGUCUUUGUCAUCUGAUAUUGAGUUUGAUCCUCUACCUGUCGACUGUUGGAUGGAUGACAUUCCAAGGCCACAGAGUCCACAAACUGCUGAAUCAGAGGAGGAAUUAGGUUAUUGUUCUGAUGACAGUGAUAGGUUAGUUCCCAAAUCAAAACCUUUGAGUUUUGCUACAUCUUUAUCACCUGAGCAGCACUCACCCAUCGAAGAGCAGAUGGCUCUGUCACCAUUACUUUUUCAAAGUUCUGAGGAGCAAACAAAGACGGAAUUGGAGACAGGAAUUUUGUCAUACAAAGAAUGUAUACAGCAAGGAUCAGAAACUGAAAGUACCUCAACUUUCCAAAGUAUUGUUUGUGAGGAAGACUUUCCGUUGAAGUCAUCACCAGUUGAAGGUGUAAAUAAAAAGGAUGAGAAGAUACUAAAGGUCCAUGCUGGGGAACUAGAGAGCAAGACUGUCGGGCAAAUGGCUUCUCCUCAGACAACAGAUGGUGAGGUUCAAAGCACGCUGUUGUCCGCCACAACAGCAACACAAGACACCAGUAAAAUAGGUCUGUUGCUCUCUGAUGCCAAGCCCAUGAAAACCAUUCCUCUACAGCUACCUGAAUAUAGCUCAAUCACAACCCACAGAACUGUUACUCCAGUUCUACCUUCACUUGAGAAGAUGUUUAAUGUAAUAUCAGAGGGAUUACAUGGAUACUCAGAGUGGGAGUUGUCCCCCAAAGAAUCACAGUCCAGUGAGCUUUUCUCACCCAUGUCAAGCCAGUUUCUGGUGCCACCUGAUUAUGAAGCGGUAUUUUCAGGACAACAAACCCUGAGAGUUUCUGAAUGUACCACAAUGUCCUUGGAUGAUUUGAGUCCAGUAUCUCCAGUGUUCAGUGACUCAGCUGAGACUGUGACUGAAGUCACCACCAAAAGCGAGUCAAACACUGCGCAGGACUUUGAGUUUUCCCCAGACUUUAAGAGAGUCCUCUCAGACUUUGAGAAAACAGUCUCAGAAUUUGAAUCAGGAGAACUAAAAGUGCCAACAAAAGGACUCCCUACGGGCUCCAAGUCUCCGCAGCACUCUGACUCAGAUAUGGAAUUCUUUGACUGCAAACAAGGCUUUUCUGACCUCUCUGAAUCAGAAGAAGUGAAAGCGGAACAUGAUGUUAGAUAUCAUAUCUCAGAGCCACUGUCUCCAAUGCCCGGGAGUAGCCCUAAUACUGGUUUCCUGAGAGGGAGCCCUCAGUACGCUUCUCAUCCUUUCCUCCAAGUGGACGAAUACAAGCGCUUCUCCUCUGGCAGUGAAAGCCUUGGGGAAUUUGCCUAUGAUUCCGAUGGUUCACGUGAGUGUCGCACAGAAGGCGACCUCCAGAAAUGCGAGGAGCUUCCUUCAAGAGAUCAGGCAGGGUAUUAUGAUGAUGAUGACUUCCUGGGAAGGGAGAUAGCAGAGGAGCUAGGGAUGCUGUCCUCUGAUAGCUCAGAGGAGGAGGUGCUGACCACCAGGGUGGUGCGACGCAGAGUUAUCAUUCAGGCUGAUAACUUGCCAGAUAUUCCCCCUCAUACUGUCACGGAGGAAAAGUACAUCGAUGACCAGGGGAACAUGGUUGUUAAGAAAAUCACGCGCAAGAUCAUUCGCAAAUACGUGUCUCCGGACGGCAUGGAGUCGCAGGAAGUGACGAUCGAGGGAUCGCAUCAGGAGACGGUGCAGAUCGAGGAGGGAGACUCUGUUUCCAGAGUGGUGAAGAGAACGGUGCUUCACAGUGAGGGAGAUCAGAGAGAGCUGACAUUUUCAGAGCCUCUGGCUCUCGGCGCUGCCACGUCAUCAGAGUUUGAGGUGGAGCCAGUGCAGGGUCGAAAGGUCAGCAAGGUCGUCAAGAAAACGGUCGUUACGGGAAAGAGGACGGAGAAGCAGAUGGGAGACCCGUCGCUGGCUGUAGAUCUCCCUUCAGCGAGAGAGGACUUUGAGAAGAAGCCAAAUGCGUAAGUCGCGAACCCAGAAGAGGACGGUGGUGAGGGACGCCCGGGGGAAGCACGUGCACCUGGAGCGUCUGGACGACACUCCAGCUGCUCGGCAGCCCGACGCCCUGCAGCAGCACCUGCACCGACUGCUCCAGCAGUACUGCGGCGACCACAAGGAGGAGGAGGACGACGACGACGAAGAGGAUGAUGGAGAGGAGGGGGAUGAGAAUGAAGACUGAGCAGCUGCUUCCGCUGAUCUUCUCCUCCACACCCGUCACUCGUCAUUCUCUUCUUUCUGUCGGAAAGGAAGCGUUUUGUGCUCCAGCGACGACUCUUCCUUUCGCCAUCGCUGCGUCGUCGUGUUUCAUUUGCUCUUUUUCGUAGCCAAAGAAAGCAACUAUUUUUUUUUUGUGGGAUGAUGAUUUUUUUCCUGCUGUUUUCGACCUCUCGGGGCUGCUGCGGUGUCGUCAAACUACCAACGCGCCCGCAGGUGGAUCCAGAUCAAACAUUUUCGCCUCACGCUCGGGCCUCUUCUUGAAGAACUCUUGUAAAAAACAAACAAACAAAAAAAAAAAACAACUUUUGUAUAUAGAGGAGAUGAAAAAGGGACCGGGGAAGAAAAAAGUCAAAAAAAAAGGAGGGAAAAAAUGACAAGCAUUUAAUCUGUGAGCCUGAACAUAAACCUGCUGUACAUGCAUCGCCUCAGCUGGAGAAAAGCAACUGUACAGAGAUCAAAGUCACACGGAGGAGCAAGUGUGCAUCAUCACGGACUCUCGAUCUGUUUACACCUUUUGUCUUCCCAUGAUGCAUCUGCCCCCCCCCCUCUUUUUUUUUGUCGACGUUCACGUGUCCGUCUCAGUGUGUUGACAUCUUAUCUGCCACCUCUGUGUGUGCUUGUGCGUGUGUAUAUAUCUACAGCGUGUGUACUGAGAAAGAAAGCAGUGAUGCAGACUGCUAUGAUGCAGAUCGAGCACUUAAGCCCCGCCUCCCUCGUAUACGCAGUCGCUCCUGUUGCCCGCCGUCACGCGUGCUGCUUCUCCUCGCCUCAGACUCGUGUCACUGUCUCCGCGAAGCCUCGUGAAGGACGAGUCUGAGUUUUCUUGCCGUCAACAAAUCCCGCGAAAAAGCAACAAGUUAAUAUUGUCUGUGUUAAUCCUGAAUUAAUCUUAAUCCUUUUGUCGUGUCAAACUUUUAAAACCGCAAGUGUGUGACAUGUUCCCUUAUUGCUAUGAACGUAUUGGGACAGUUAACAGAAUAUUGUGUGGAGUUUUUGUAGGAUUUUAUUUUGUUUUAAUUCAUUUUUCACAAACAUCUGACUCACGGAAAUGGGCGGAGCCUUUCGUCCAUACUUUGUGUUAAUUUCGUCUGUUUUAUUUAGGCAUUAGCUUCUCUCGCUAGGCCUCAUUUACUUUGCGUGUAAAAUUUGGAUUACAAAUCCUGGAUUAAUUUACACGUUCUUACCCAAAUUUGUUCUUUCUCUGCAGAGAAUAUCAUUUUAAAUUAAAUUUAACUUCCUGCUGUCCCGUGUUAACUAAAUGUAUACUACACUUUGUAUUAUUUAUGUAUUUUUAAUAUCGAAUAAUUUAACUUAUUAAUGUUCCAACCAGAUAAAUUAACCAUGAACAUGAGGCCCUUUUAUCCUUGUCAUUUAUCGUCAUCUUUACUGGAAUUAAAAUAACAUUGUUUAACCUAAUUAAUGCUAUUUUAAUUUAAAUAAAAUGUAGCACCGACUGUAAACAAGCAGGUGUGGAGUUUAGUAAAACACUGGUCUACAAGAUUAUAGCAGAGUGCAUUCUGGGAAGUGUAGGAAGUUUGAUCUACAUUAAGUAUAUAUACUGUAUAUAUACAUGCACAUGACUAAUAUAAUAUACAACAAUUAAUAUAUACUUUAUCGUUUCCCUUGGCUCUUUACCAAGUGAUGAGGAAGUUUAUUUAAAUUUUUUUGGUAGAAUUUAGUAUUUUUUUUUCAUUAUUACUGCAGUUAUUGCGUUUGAAUCGUCUUGUGUUAAAAUAGAGAAUAUAAGAUAUUUACAAACCCCAACGAAUGCACUAUUUGCUCCCUUUCGCGUUCACGUUGAUUAGAAACAACGGAAAGCAGGAGAAAUUUUCUCCUGAAAUUGUGUGAAUUGUUGCGUUUCUUUUUUGAGGUCUUCGAUCGUUUGUGUGAUUUAUCGGGAUUUGUUGACACUAAUAAAACCCCAGACUUGUCCUUUAAUAAGUGUCUCCUCACAUCACGUGUAGAUGCUUUGCUUUCACUUCUGAUGUUGUUUUUAAUUGUUGCUCACAAAAGGAACUGACACUUCAAACCUUAAAUCCACAUCUGUGUUUCCUUCUUUAUUUAUUGCUGUCUGCUUGUGGCCCCUGUACAGUGUGUGUGUGUGUGUGUGAAUGUAGUGAAGACAGAUGAUUAUUUUGUGUCCCCGUCAUUGCAGAGAAACAGAGUGUUGUGGAUUUGAAUGUUGCGUUCAGGCUCUGCAGUUGAGACUUUACACGGUAAUAAAAUUGUCCAAAAGUUGACCAUUUGAUUUGAGAAAUGAGCAUCUUGUUUCCAUGGUGAUAAACAAUAUAUACAUAUUAGCAGUGCAACUAUCUACGCGGGCAUGUAUGAUCAAAUUAUUACUAAAAAAAAAAUGAAAUAAUAAUAAUAAUAAUAAUAAUAACAAUAAAAAAUAUGAACCUGAAACGCUAACAAGGCCUAGCAGCUGCAGUGUGUUUACAUGGCAGAACAAUAAAACUGUACAUGUGUCAAA